AGAAUAAUUUCCGGAUACAAUUUCUAUUUGUUAGCGUCAUUACUUGGGUCACUUAUCUGGUUAUACAUCGAGAAUGGGACGCCGAAAGUCAAAGAGGAAGCCACCUCCCAAAAAGAAACUGACGGGUAACUUGGACACCCAAUUCACCUGUCCCUUUUGUAACCACGAGAAGUCCUGUGAUGUCAAAAUGGAACGCACUCGAAACACAGGGAUAAUAUCGUGCACCGUCUGCUUGGAAGAAUUCCAGACUCCCAUUACUUAUCUUUCAGAACCAGUGGAUGUUUACAGUGAUUGGAUAGAUGCUUGCGAAGCAGCCAAUCAGUAGGUGACGUCCCCCUGACUAUUCUUGCCUGACCUCACCCCUCAUUCCCUAUGAUGGGUCACAUAUCUCUGGCUGGGCCAGGGCCUUGUCAAGUAGUGAUUGUGGAGAACAAACAAAGACAGAUAACACAUCUGUGAAAUCUUCAGUGUCUACACACUAAUGGAUUUGAUAUGAAGAAAGAUACACUUCCUGUCCUCCCUCUCUGUGGCAGGGUGGGAUGUGGGUAGGGCAAUGAAAUGUCCCAAUGGUCCUGAUCUUUGAGAAUCCCACUAAGUUUCAAACCACCUCAUCAUUUGUUAUGUUUUACAGGUAAGCCUGUUGGUGGAUAUGUUUUUAGACUUUCCCAAGCUGCCAUGUACCCCUUUAAUGGUAGGUUACAUUUGUAAAAAUUGAAAAGGGGUGAUUCUGUAGUUUUUUGUUUGAUGUCAUGAUUUUUAUUUCAAUUAUGUUUUUUUUUUGUAUGGGAAUGACUUGAUCAAUAAACACAUCAAUGUAAUUCACACCUAACUGCAUCUGUCACAUACCGCUGAAAUGGUUCAAAUAUCUAGAACAAAUAUGAAUGAAAACUCAUCUGAUAUGGCCUGGUGGCAAGUUUUGCACUCACAACCCAAAUUAAUUUUUUAAAAUUUUGAUGUGAUUUGUUGUAUUGCAGCUAAUUUCAUUGUAAGUGAAAGCCAAAUAAAUACAAGAUUUUCAGAAUACUGAA